AUGGAACUCUUCCCCAAGACCAAGGUCGUGGUCAUCGGUGCCGGAGAGCUGGGCGCGACUGCUGCCGUCUCCCUCGCGGAGAGCGGGCACUAUGACGUGACGGUGCUUGAUCGCGCGCCCAUUCUUCCAGCCGAAGACGCGGCAAGCACCGACAUCAACAAGGCUGUGCGGGCCGACUACAUCGAUCGCGACUACGCCGUGCUCGCUCAGGAGAGCAUCCGGCGCUGGAGAGGGAAGGAGUGGGAGGGCGUGUACCACGAAACCGGCGUGCUUCAGCGCAACCUCACGCGUCCCGAGGCGGUGGAGCUGUUCGCGGCCGUUCAAUCGCUCGACCCAGAGGGCGUGAGGAAGCUCUCCUCGUCCGAGAUUCGUGCCAGGCUCGGUCCCGGUUCCGAGGGAUCAGCGGCGCUGCAGCAGAGCGCGUAUUACAAUCCCUCAGGAGGCUGGGCGUGGUCCUCGGGCGCAAUCGAGAAACUCUACGCGCGGCUACGCGAGCUCAACGUGCCCAUCGUUCCGUCGGCGGAACUCGCCGAGCUGAUCCGGGACGGCGACGCCGUCGUCGGCGUCAAGCUGACAGAUGGCCGCGAGUUCCGCGCCGACAAGGUCAUUGCCGCCCUUGGGUCCUGGACAGGGGGACAUCCCGCGCUCAAGGGGCUGCUGCCCAAGGGUCUGCUUGUGCCCACUGGACAGACAGUGGCCGCCGUUCAGCUCACGCCGGAGGAGAUGGAGAUCUACAGGGACAUUCCCGUCAACGCGACCCAGGACGGGACAGGAUACUACGCCUUCCCGCCCACGGCGUCGGGGGUGAUGAAGUUUGCCCUGCACUCGGGCGGAUACACCGUGCCCAACAACGUACCGCGGACGGUGCUCGACCCCGCUGCAGCCGCUUAUGCGCAGGAGAAAGGCGUCGGUUGGAUCCCGCGGAAGAGUCUUGCGCUCCUCCGCGAGAAGCUGGGCAAGGGUUUCCCCGCCCUGGCCAAGAAGGAACUCAAGUACACGCGCAUGUGCUACUACUCAGACACGCCCGAUGGGGACUUUGUCAUCGACUAUGCCGCGCCAGGGUUGCUCGUGGCUAGUGGUGGCGCAGGACACGCGUUCAAGUUCCUCCCUGUCAUGGGAGAGAUCAUCCACGCUCGUCUAGAGGAUAGGCUGCCUACUCAUUUGAAGAACAAGUGGCGGAUAAACCGACCAGUGCCCGAGGCGCCGAGCGAUGACGACAGGCAGGGAUUCGGACGGCAGCCGCUGGACUUGGAGAGUCUUGCUACGACGGCAGAGAUGGGUGCGCAGUGA